AGGAAGCAGCUCGGGUAGCACCACUGCCACCAGCAGCUCGACGGCUGUAUUUCCGUGCAGAUUUAGCAUGUAGCCUAGUGAGCUAACCUGUUUGGGAUUAUGGAUGCUUGUGCCUCCUGAAGAAGUGGGACUAUUUCCAUGCCGAGCUCCCAACCUAAACGCAGAAUUUACCCAAAUCGUUGAACACCGGAAGUGUGGGGGACACGUUGGUGGCCAGGCUGUACUGGCGCUUUCAUGGCACCUGGUGAAGGAUGGAUCCAGCAGCACCGGAUCGCCUCAUGAUCCUUUAACUGGACCUCUGCCGGCGGGUUGUUUCUCUCGGACAGGCACAAACGUCAAUCAAAACCAUGUUCGCUGUCCGUAUUGUUACAGCGGACUAUUACCUUGCCAGUCCCGUUAAAGACCUGGACGUCUGCUAUUCUGAAUUCCGAGAGAGCGAAGUGAAGAGAGUGCCUGUGGUGCGGAUCUUCGGAGCCACCCCCGCAGGUCAGAAGACUUGCCUCCACCUUCAUGGCAUCUUUCCUUACAUCUAUGUUCCGUAUGAUGGCCUCGAGCAGCAGUCUGAGCGCUACCUGCGGCAGGUGGCCUUCAGCAUCGACAGAGCCCUGAAUGUGACUAUGGGAAACCCUGGCUCCUGCGUGCAGCACGUCUUCAAAGUGGUGCUGGUCUCUGGCAUGCCUUUCUAUGGAUACCAUGCCAAGGAGAAGUACUUUCUGAAAAUAUAUCUGUACAAUCCUCAGAUGGUGAAACGGGUAUGUGAGCUACUGCAGAGUGGAGCUGUCAUGAAUAAGAUAUAUCAACCACAUGAGGGCCACAUUCCCUACCUGCUGCAGCUCUUCAUCGACUACAACCUGUAUGGCAUGAACCUGAUUAACCUGGGGGCUGUCAAGUUUCGCGUCAGCAAAGAUGCUCUACAGUCACAGAGAGAACACCAUAGCAGUGGUGGAUCCAGUAUAAACCCCUGGAAGAGCCCAUGCACCUCCAGAGUGACUGAGAGCAUGCUGGGCCGCUGGGAAGAGGGCUCUCUGCCCUGUUCCUUGGUCCUGCCAGAUCUGGAGAAGCAGAGCACCUGUGAGCUGGAGGUAGAUGCCGUGGCUGUGGAUGUCCUGAAUCGCCUUGAGAUUGAGAACCAGAUUGGCAGAAACCCUGGACUGCAGGCCAUCUGGGAAGAUGAGAGGCAGCGGCGGAAAGAGAGGAACCAGCCCUCACAGCUUGAGCCUCACCAAACCCAAGAUCGUGGUUUGAUCCCAUCAACAGACAGUGAGAGGAUUUUCCUCCAGAGACUGAGGGAGAUUUUGAAAGAGAAUGACUUUGACAUAACACAGCAGUCUGAGUCAGAACAGGAAGAAUUUGAGCUCACCAUCCAUUCAGAGACUCUAGAGUUGCCUCCAUGUACACCUGCUAAUGUGCUGGAGGUACAUCAGGACUCCCAACCAAACUUGACCAGGGGCCAUACUUUGUUUCCAGAAGAGGCUGUUGUGGAUGAAGAAGUUAUUUUAAAUCUGCUUGAAAACAGCCAGGACUUCCUCCAGCUCACUCAGAACUCAAACCGAAUCCCUGAUGACAGCUGUCAGGAUCGUGGCAUCAUCAACUUGUUGGCUGGCCUGGAUGACACCUUCUGCAGGAGUCAGCAAUGCUCCCCACCAAAGCCCUUUUCAGGUAUCAGAAGUUACCAGGGCAACAGUGAUGAAGAGGAGGUGGAGCCAGAUGCAGACAAGGAGGAUGCCGAGCUUAGUGUUAUCAUGUCACAACGCUGGGACAGUCAGUCACCUGAUUUGUUACUUCAUCCAAGCAUGCCUACUGAAGAGCCCCAAGAGGCAUCAGAUGAAGACAUGGACUGGGGCAGGCAUAACUCUGAGCUGGCUGAUCUGUUCAUUCCUCAAGUGGACGGAACCGCCGAUGAGAACAGCGAUUCAUCUCUAACGGACAGUAGUUCUAGAAGCCAGUCAUCACUUACAGAGAGGAUGCACAAUAAGAGGAAUGCAUUUCCUUUGGACUGCAAACACCCUCAGCUGCAGGAUACUGAGCCCGCUCCAAAUGAGCACUUUGAACUAACAGGCAGUACUCAUACCAGCAGUGAUCUUCCAGGUGGAUCUAGAGUUAACAAAGAUAUUCCUUACAUCCCACCAGUCAAACACCCUAUCUCCUCUAAGUCAGCUAGAGCAGCUGGAGCCUCUCCCAACAGUCUCAGUCAGGAGGGCAAUGGAACGCUCUUUAAAAAUGCCUCUGUUAGUUUAGACAAGACUGAUCUUGAAAUUUUACCAUUUGGUCCUGAAAAGGCUACUAAAAACUGUAAUGCAUUUGACAGUCUUAAGGCUGUGGAUACACACUGUCUGCCUAUGCUCCAAAACCAUAGGACAUUAUUUUGUUAUUCUGAGUUGAGAAACUGUUCAACUAAAGGAGAACUUGAGAUUAGUCAGAAAGAGAGCAACAUGAAGGUUAUGGUCCAUUCCACUAUGAUGGAGAACACGGGGCACCACAGUGAAGAGGGCCAUGUGGGCGAACUCAAAAUUUGCUAUGAAGACUACAGGGAGGACAAGACUGAAAAGACAAUUGUGGCGCAACAAGAAGCUCAUUAUAAGUUUUUCCCUAGUGUCAUCCUCUCCAACUGCCUUAAUAGGAAAAAAUCUGGAGGCAAAAAGGUUCUUGAAGAUACGCCCAGAAGAUCAAGAUUAAAGCUAAACAAAAAGAAGGUAACAAUGGACCCAGUAGAUUGUUCCCUUGUGAACAUAGAUGUUAUCGCUGAGCUGGGCACAGUAACAGCAGCAGCUUCUGCUGAUUCAAACACAUUAUAUGCAGAUGAUUCUCAAACAACAGGUGCAGAACAGGGCAAAUGCUAUCCAACAACAACAGAGGCCGUAACCAAAUGCAAUCAGGAAGAAUCUGAUGAGAAAAAUGAACAGAUAAAAGCUACAACAGAACUCCCUCCAAGUUCCCCCAGCUGCUUUGAAGACCCUACUGUGCCAGCAGAAGUUGGCUCACUUCCUGGAAGCAAGUAUGCUUUAAGAGCUAAACGUAAAAUGAUCGGUGAUACUGAAGAUGGGGAACAGUCAGGUGUAAGCCGGUGUAAAAACCUCACUUCUGGCUCAGAGCGUCCCAAAGACAAUUGCACUUCUCCACAAGAUUACAAAAACAAAAAGCGCUGCAGGAAAGAGCCACCAGUCAUCAUCAAGUACAUCAUCAUCAACAGGUUCAAAGGUGAGAAGAAUAUGCUGGUUAAAGUGUCCAAAAUCCAAGCAGAGGAGCAGAGAGUCUUGUUAACACAUGACAAAUUGGAACUAUACAACAAACUGGCCCCUCUCAAAGACUUUUGGCCUAAAGUCCCAGAAUCUCCAGCUUUGAGAUUUCCGAUUCUUGAGAUGAAAUCCAAAAAAUACAUUAGACGAAAGACCAAACCUGUCAAAAAAGUGGUCAGGAACUUAAGCAAACCACCAUUUAAAUUGUCUGAAAGGAACUGUCAGAGGGGACUGUAUCUCCCCUCACUGCCUCCUCCUCGACCAUGCUACUGUGAGUUGGCCCAAGACUAUGAUUCUCACUAUUCCGAUGUUAUGGUGGAGCUAGGCUACCUCUCAGAUACAUCUCUGAGCCCUAGAGACUCUACACCUCCAAGAUGUUGGUCGCCUAGUGACCCACUGAUGUUGGACAACCCCAUCCCUGAACAUUUGAUCAACCCCCUGAUUGACCCUUGUCUUAGUUCAGCUUCUGUGUACUCCACUAAAACCUUACCUUCAGCUGUCAAGCCCACGAAAACCUCUGCUCAAAGAGCAAGUAAAUCUUUUGAUUGUGAGACCAAAAAUGUAACAGCAAGAAAAAAACAACUAAAAAGAACUGAACAGAUGACCAAGGCCCUUACUAGACCAAGGACUUACAGCAAAAAGAAGACAGAAGUGCCUAAAGACCAAACAGAAGCUGCAAAGAGCUCCCAGCCUCUCUCACUUGGAGAUGACACUGCUCUUUCUCCAAGCUCUUGUUCUCCAUUUCUGCAGCCAGUUGGAACAGACACAUGUGUUCUGAAUGCAGAUAACUCAGCAACCAAAUCCUUACAGCUAAAAAUUGACUGUGAUGCCUUGAUAAUGGAUGUGAACAAUUGUUUUUCCCAGUCCAAUCAGAACAAACUUUCACCCACUUGUGUAAAGGCCGACCAGUCAAAGGAAAAUGUGACAAUGUCUCCUCUGUCAGAAUCUGAACAGAAUGGGCCACACCCAGCUCUCUCAAAUUGCCCUCCUGGUGUGGUUGUUCUCAAGAAACUACUGCAGAAACGAUCCCAAGAACAGAACCCAUCACUGCAUGACAACCAUUGUAAGUCCAAAACUGCAACCUUAUCAAGUCCAUCUAAAUCUAGACCUGGGAAAUCUACUGCUCCUAAGUGCAAAAAGUCUAGGAAAGGCAGAAGAAGCAACAAACAAUCUGAGAGCCCCACACUGUCAGAGCCACACCUGGACAGUUGUAAGUUCAUAGAAGACAGUCUCUCACCAGAGCUUCCACACAACAACUUUGAUAUAAAUGCCAUAGACCAGGUACACCUCUGCUGCCCAUACAGCAGCAGUCAGUUUGUCCUAACUGAUAAGAACCUUCCCCUGAAGUUCCUGAGUGAUGCUUCUCAGGAUGGCCUCAUACUACAGAGUCCAGUCUCUGAGAAAAAACAUUUCAGGGUGUUGGGUCUGGGAGAGGAUCUUCACAAAGUUAGUGUCUGUCCAGAAGACUUUUACCGACAAGAAAACACAGAGCCUGGGAACACCCUCUCCUCAAACACUGAUCAAGUCAAAAGCAGGGAGUGGAACUUGGUAUCAAGAGAGGCCCAUAGCCAUUUCCAGGACUUCCACUGUGAGAGAAAGGAGCUUCUGUUCUCACCACUGGAUCCAUUACCCUUGACUUCUGUGUCCUUUGCCGACACCUCUCCCACCAGUGACCUCUUAGAGGGCAUAGAUGGCCUGGCCUCUAGCACUCCUAGCAGCUCACCCUGCUCUGUCAGUUCUCUGUUCCAGGCCAGAGCCAGCCCUCGGGGGACCAACAUCCUGAAGCCCCUCAUGUCUCCACCUAGCAGAGAGGAACUUUGCGGGACACUUAAAGACUUGGAGAUAUCAGAGGCUACUUUUGAGGAGCCCUUCUGUAGCGACCCCUCUGAUGCUCCAGGAAAACCCAUGGAAGUUGGGGGCCGUAAGCUGACUAUUGGCACCAGGCUGACCUCAGAGCUUCCAGAGUUCAUUGGAGAAUUGUCUGUGGAUGGCCUGCAAUUCUGGAAGACAGCAUUUUCAGCUAUGAACCUACCCUGUGCCACAGUGGACCUCAAGGCCAGAAGACCAACUCAAUCCUCUGAUGGCGACAAACAAGUUAUGCUGCUGCCCUGUAAAAUGCCUCCGAGCAGGCACUGUGUGCAGCUCUGGCUGGAGGCACACAGAAGGGGUGGACAAUUGGAAAAAGAGAAAAGGGCUUCGGAAGAGCAGGAGGCACCCCAGCUGUGUAUCCAGCCCAUUUCUGGGACACAUUGUGGGAAAUCAUACACUUCUACACCAAUUUCUCCUCUAAAGAAUUCUGAAUUCGCAGACCUUGGUCUGGUGUCAGACGAGGAAGACAAAGUUCUUUCUCCUGACAGCCCUGAUGUUCCGCCAUGGCAGCAGCCAAACCAAAGCAGCCAACAAUCACCCCAAAGCUCAGGGCACCCAUUAAAUGGGACCAUCUCUCCAGGUCAUGUGAGUGCCACUCCUCACAGCCAGGACAGCCCCCUCGCCAUAAAAGCUCCACCUGUUUGCAGCACACCCAUCUCUGAGAAGGAUGACGUCAGUGUGCGUGGGCACCAGGGGAGGAAAAGCCAAGCCAAACCUCUUCGUAGGCUCAUCCUCAGCUCCCAGAUCAAGAACCAGUUCGCAGGUCUGAAUAUACCAAAAAAGGACAACUCCCAAAUUGAAGGUCCAAGUAUAGCAAAUUCGUAUGGCUUCAAAGUCAGCAUGCAGAACCUGGAGGAGGCCAAAGCGCUACAUGAGGUGCAGUACAUAAUGCUAAUGGGCAUGGAGUUGCACGCUCGGACACGUCGGGACCUGGAGCCUGAUCCAGAAUUUGAUCCCAUCUGUGCAUUGUUCUACUGCCUGAGCUCGGAUGCUCCUCUGCCCGGUGCCGUGGACAACCUGGUUACCGGGGCUAUUGUAGUGGACACAGAAUACCCAAGCCAGGCACAAGGCCAUCGAGGGUGUGCACCCCUUUUGGUACGCUCGGGGGUGUCUGGUCUGCAGCUUACCUACGUCCCCAGUGAGCUGAUGCUGUUUGACGAGCUUAUUACAGUAGUCAGAAGGUAUGACCCUGACAUGCUGCUGGGGUAUGAGGUUCAGAUGCACUCCUGGGGCUAUCUCCUACAGCGCUCGUCUGCACUGGGAGUAGACCUGUGUCAGCAACUGUCCCGUGUCCCAGGUGACUCCAAAGACAACCGCUUUGCUGCAGAACGGGAUGAGUAUGGCGCUGACACCAUGACAGAAAUUCACAUUGUUGGGCGUGUCAUGCUAAAUCUGUGGAGGAUUAUGAAACAUGAGGUGGCACUGAAUAACUACACCUUUGAGAAUGUGGCAUUCCAUGUACUACACCAGCGUUUCCCUCUGUACAGCCAUCGCACUCUGUCUGACUGGUUUGACCACAACACUGACCUCCACAGGUGGAAAAUGGUGGAUCACUAUGUCAGUAGAGUACGGGGUUCCAUGCAGCUUCUCCAGCAACAAGACAUUAUUGGCCGAACCAGUGAGCUGGCACGAGUAUUUGGCAUCCAGUUCUACCAUGUCCUUACCCGUGGCUCACAGUAUCGGGUGGAGUCCAUGAUGCUGCGUGUUGCCAAGCCCCUUAAUUACAUCCCUGUGACUCCAAGUGUGCAGCAGCGAGCCCAACAGAGGGCGCCACAGUGCAUUCCUUUGGUUAUGGAGCCAGAGUCCCGCUUCUACAGCAACUCUGUGGUGGUGCUGGAUUUCCAGUCCCUCUACCCUUCCAUUGUCAUCGCCUACAACUACUGCUACUCCACUUGUUUAGGACACAUGGACAGUCUUGGAACGCUUGAUGAGUUUAAGUUUGGCUGUACAUCCCUCAGAGUUCCCCCUGAUCUCCUCUACCAGUUACGUAAUGAAAUCACUGUGUCACCCAGUGGGAUUGCUUUUGUCAAGUCGUCUGUCCGGAAAGGCAUCCUGCCCAGCAUGCUAGAGGAGAUUCUCAACACACGUAUCAUGGUCAAACAAUGUAUGAAGACUUACAAGAACGACAAGGCUCUGUUAAAGCUGUUAGACGCACGGCAGCUCGGUCUCAAACUCAUUGCCAACGUCACUUUUGGCUACACUGCAGCAAACUACUCUGGGCGAAUGCCCAGCGUGGAAGUUGGGGAUAGCAUUGUUCACAAAGCCAGGGAGACACUGGAAAGAGCUAUCAAGAUGGUGAAUGAGACCAAGAAGUGGGGAGCAAAAGUGGUCUAUGGAGAUACGGACAGCAUGUUUGUGUUGCUGAAGGGAGUCACUAAAGAGCAGGCCUUUAAGAUUGGAAAUGAGAUUGCCGAGGCUGUGACAGCUACCAACCCAAAACCAGUGAAACUGAAGUUUGAAAAGGUGUAUCUCCCCUGUGUGCUUCAGACCAAAAAGCGUUAUGUGGGAUACAUGUAUGAGAGCCUGGACCAGAUGAAGCCUGUUUUUGAUGCCAAAGGCAUAGAAACUGUACGUCGAGAUGGCUGUCCUGCUGUUUCCAAGAUUCUAGAGCGGUCCAUUAAGCUGCUGUUUGAUACGCGGGAUAUCAGCCAGGUCAAGCAAUUUGUGCAGCGGCAGUGCGUCAAAGUACUGGAUGGCCGAGCCAGUGUCCAGGACUUAACCUUUGCCAAAGAAUACCGUGGGGCUGGAGCAUACCGCCCUGGGGCAUGUGUGCCUGCUCUGGAGCUCACCAGGAGAAUGAUGGUGUAUGACCGACGGCAGGAGCCCAGAGUUGGUGAACGUGUUCCCUAUGUGAUUGUCUACGGCAUGCCCGGCUUACCACUGAUUCAACUGGUUCGUCGGCCCAUGGAGGUGCUGCAGGACCACAGCUUACGCCUCAAUGCCACCUACUACAUCACCAAACAGAUUCUGCCUCCCAUUGCCCGCAUCUUCCAGCUUAUUGGAGUAGACGUGUUCAGCUGGUACCAGGAGCUGCCUCGAGUCCAGAAGGCUUGGUGCUCUUCUGCAGGAGGGGGCUCUCUAGAGGCUGGGAGGAAAGGCACCAUUUCUCAGUACUUCACCACGCUACACUGUCCUGUAUGUGACCAGCUAACACAGCUGGGUGUGUGCUCCAGCUGCAGAAGCCAGCCCCAGCGUGUUGCGGUCACUCUGUGGUCAGAUGUGAGGGACUGUGAGAGCCGACAGGAUGGGCUGCUGCAGAUCUGCCGGAACUGCAGUGGCUGUGCUGAACGACAAGUGCCCUGCGUCUCUCUGGACUGUCCCGUACUCUACAAACUGUCCCGAGUCGGCAGACUACUGUCAAGGGCCCCAUACCUCCGACAGCUGCUAGAACAGUUCUGAUUCUCAUCAUGUCAAAACCAUUGAAUGGUGCUUGCUCUGUCUGUUGCUUUGACUGCUCAGAGAAUUGUCUCUGUGCUCUGCAAGUGCUGUACAUGUGGAGGAAAGCGCAAGGACUUUUAAGCCUGGGGCUGUUGCAAUAAUGCCUAUAAUUAGUCAAACAACUAUUUUCUUGUGCAUAAGUCAUUCUGUAAGACAUUUGUGCUGAAAACCUCAGUUUGAAGAGGAGUCAAAAUGUACAAAGACUUGUGAAGGACCUGUUUGUAAUUGAAGCUGUGUGCAGAGAAGUAUUAAAUCAACAAAAAUAUGGUUUAUGUCAAUUAUCACAUUUCACACUCCUACAGAAAACUAUAUUCAAUUAAAUCUGUAUAACUUGACCCUCU